AAAAAAAAAAAGAAAAGAAAAGAAAUAUCAUCUGUAGAUCAAGUGAAGUGGUAGAGAGGCUCAGACACUUGGCCCAAAUGACCGUCUUUGAAUUGGCGGUUCUGCAACUCUGAUGCAGCCAGAGGCUGAAAAAAACGCCCAUGGAACUUGUACUGCACAUGCCUUGGAGGGAAGCAAAUCAGGUGAGAGAAAACCUGAACGGUGUACUAAUGUAUGUAUGGAUUGUCCAUCGUCAUCAUUUGAUAGAGAAUAUUUUCUAGGCGCGGUGAUGUAUUUUGUUAUAUUUUAUUUUACUUUGUGUUCUCUCUCUUUCUCUUUCCUUUCCCUACCCCCUUUUCUAAAAAUUCUUUUUCUUAUGUUUAUUAUAUAGUUUGCAUUUUUAUAUUUCUUUAUGUCUCAUAAAAUGCUUCAAAAGUAAGAAAGCUACUUCUGAAACUAUAGGGACUUGAAAAAAGGG